GCCAUCAUUUGAGCAGAGAAGGCGAGUGAAGGAAUAUCUAGUGUUUUAAGAAAAGUAUUGUCAUUUUUGAUGAUGGAUUCAAUGGAUUCCGAUUCAGUUACUGACGAAAUGUCGUCUAGCUCGUCAUGUAGUAGUGAUGAUGAGUAUUUAGAAGAAUUGAGCGAGUUUACAAUUACGCCUUACAUGUAUGAGCCACAAAGAGAUGUAAACAACGCAGAAGACGCUACCAGCGAAGACGAAGAACAGGACGGAGAAAGUAUAAAUGAAGAAAGUCGCCUUAACAAUUUAGAAUGGUGCCAGUGUGGAGAUAUCUGUACUGUUAUGGAUACCGAAACAGAGUYUAUUUGCUGCCAAGAAAUUAAUGCUACCUUGACAACUUGUAAAAGUUUACCAAAUGAAGGAGAGCCAUACGCCAAUCAGCCUGCCCCAAUGUGCAUUACACAACAUCCUGGUUUUGCAUCUGUAUGCCUGAAUAAAUGGGUGCUGAAAACUGCUUGGUUGCAAUAUAAGCAACAAUAUCAAGAUGCAUACGUAGGACCUGAACAUAAACAGUAUAGACAUAUUGCCUACCGACAACUGGCAAGGUGGCGUUGGGGCUUUUUGGGAAAGGAUGUACGAGUUGUAUUGCCAUCUUGUGCUGUAAUGUGUAUACGGGCACACUUUCCACCCCCUGGACCUGAAGAAGACUUUGAGUUUGAAGGGUUUCACCUUUGAAAAUGUAUUCAAUGGAUUUUUAAUGACCACUACUAUAUCUCCAUUCUGUUUGAAUCAUACAACUUGAAUACUGAAUAUUGCUUUUACAUAUAAGAA